AUGAACAGAAACACACAGACGCUCACUGUUGCUUCAUCUGGAGAUGAACUUGAAGAAGAAAGUGACUACGUUAAUACAGCUGUGUGCACUGUGGACAAGAUGUCAGCCACCUCAGUUACAUCUGUCAUCUCUGAAAACAACAACAAGCUGACUGCAGAGAACCAGCAGCUGGAAAACCUGACCAAGGAAUAUAAUGACUCAGACAUGAAGAUUAAGAAACUAACUGGAGAGAACCAGGAGCUGAAGACACAAAACCAGCAGCUGGAGACCGAGAAGAACAACCUAACAGAACAAAUACGAAACAUAGAUAACUGUGUUACUGUCACCCAGCAGAUCUGUGAAGCCUACUGCCCAAUAAAAGAUGGAAACAGACAGUGUAAACCUUGUCUGAAAGGCUGGCUGCACCACCAGUCCAGCUGUUAUACAGUCAUUAACCCUUAUCCUGCUGGUCAGAAAACCUGGGAGGAAGCUCAACAGAACUGCAGAGCAAAGAAUUCAGACUUGGCUGUAAUAGUUAAUGAAGCUGAAAAGAAAUUCAUCAGUGAUAACAGUUGGAGAAGUUUAGGACUCGCUGGCUACUGGAUUGGACUGAGAGCUGAAGCAGGGAAAUGGAAGUGGAUCGAUGGAAGUGAUCUGGCUGAAAAAUCCUGGAUGACACAACCUGCUAACAACGACUACUGUGCAAUUUCUGUCCAUAACCAAGGAUGGAAAUCAGUGAACUGUGGAAACAAAAACGGUUGGAUCUGCAAAAAGGCGGCUUUAUAUGUUUAA